AUGUCUGACUACUGGCUCAACGAGCUGAUGGAAGGCGAUAACUUUGUCAGCAACGAUGACCCUUUCUUCAACUUCAUGGAGACUAACCAGCCCCAGCCGCCAGCCUCGGCCCAACCACAGAGCGGACAGUCCCAAAUGGACAUGGGCAUGUUUCCGCCGCAGCCGCAAUACACUCAGGGCUUCGAUACGACGCCGGUGCUCGGACAGCCAGAUAUCGGCUCUAUCAACCCGUCAGCUCUCCUAGGUCAGGAAAAGAUGCCGGUCAACUUGCCGCCGUCCAGUUAUGCGUCGCAGCAGUCGCCGCCGCCGUUCGAAGACCCGCAGGCGCUCAUCAACCUGAUGUUGAACGAAAGACCCGAGAUGACGUCGUUUGCGCCGAGUGCGGGUUUUGCGGAGGACCAGAAAGCGUUGAUGGCGAGACAGCGGCGGAUGAUGAAUGGGGUAAACCCCAGCCAAAUGAAUCAGAUGAACCAGCAUCAGGGCCAAAGCCAGGGCCCAAACCGGAUGCAGAGCCAAAUGGGAAACCAGAUGCAAGGUCAAGGCCAAAUGGGUCAGAGCCAAAACCAUGGUAACCAAAGUCACAUAAACCAGGGCGGCCAGCUGCAGAACCCGGUGCAACCCCACAGCCAGAUUAACCAUCAGAGUCAAGCCCCAAAUCUGGUAAAUCUCCAAACACAGACUCAGAGCCAGGCUCAAAGGGACCACAUCAGCCAGACCCAACCUCUUCAGAUGCAGAACCAAGCGUCCCUUCAGAUGCAAAACCAGAUGCAAAACCAGGCGCCGCAGCCAAACCUUCAGGCGAUGCAGCAGCAGCUUCAACAGCAGGCGUUCCGCCUCCAGUCGAGCUCGCGCGGCUCCAGUGUGCCGCAGGGCUCGCCGAUCGAUAGCUUCCUGCAGGCUCCACCGACGCAGUCGCCGCAGUCGCCGAUGGUGAACCAGAUGCGUGCGCAGGGCACGCCUGCCGCGGCACCACGCCGUGCAAACCAGCCCACAACACAACAGCAGCUCCAGGUCGAGGCGUUUAUGAAGACGGUGCAUGACUUUGCAAAGUCCCGCAAUCAACCGUUCACACCCGCACCGAUCAUCGGUGGACGUCCUGUACCGCUCUUUGUGUUGUACGUGCUUGUAAUGAAGCUCGGUGGUCUCGCGAACGUGUCGCGCAAUCAGCGCUGGGUGUUUAUCGCACAGAAGUUGAACCUCCCGUUCGAGCAGAACCCGACCGUGUUGCGCGAGCUUGUUGGCUGCUAUCAGCAGUUGCUUGCGAGCUUUGAACAGUUUGCCAACACCCAGGAAGGUCAGCGCGAGUUGCACAAUAAUAAGCAGCAGUUGCAGAUGCACCAGCAGUUCAGAGAGGGCCCAAAUGCCCCAAUGGGGCAGAACCCUGCCCAGAACCUGGCUCAAAUGGGGGCUCAAAACGUAAAUGCUCAGAUGACCCAGAAUCCAAUGGCGCAAAACCCCAUGGCGAAUUCUCCAAUGACUCAGAAUCCGAUGGCAAAUUCCCCAAUGAAUCAGAAUGUGAACCAGAUGGCCCCGCAAUCGAAGUCGGGGAUGUUCCAACCGCCAUACGUAAUGUCACCACCGGUAAAACAAAGUCCGGUGGUCCAGCCGUCGUUAAUCAAGCAGGUGCAUCACCGCCCGAGCGUGUCGUCGACGAACUCACCUAAGGACCUGCCGCUGGCCCCGAGGUCCAGGUCCAACAGCGUUGUACCGACCAGAAAGACAUCGGUUGUGAGACAAUCCGCGGCACCAUCCAUCACCCACUCGCCAAUGAACAUGCCUCCAUCGCUGAUGCCGGCUUCUCUGGCUCCGGCUUUGAUGCCUAUGGCCCCCUCUCUGGCUGCGAUCAUGGCGCCAACCCCGACAGCAACAGCGCCUUCGGCCCCAGCCUACGACACAGAGCCCGAGAUCGCGCGCAACUAUGUUCCAGUCCACCGCCAGAUCGAUACCUACGCAGGACUCGACAUCAAGGGCCUCUCCCAUAUGGGCGAGCAGAUUGAUUCCUCCAAACCCGUCUUCCUCUUUGCGCCCGAGCUCGGCCAGAUCAACCUUGCGGCAUUAUCCUUGAGUCUUCAGUCUUACUGCGAUGGCGAAAUCAAUACCGCCUUGAAUUCGCUUCUCGUCAUCACCAGCGAUCAGGAGCUCCAGUGGGUCUUGUACGACACGCCUGAUUUUGUGGACGCGCUUGCGUCACUUGGGUUGCGCGUACUUUCCCAGGUUGUAGGCGCUGGCGAACCUGACUCCACUCCAGUGACAUCUUUCAAGGCCGAAGAAUCCGCUAUCGACGUUGUGUUUGCGCGGUACGCGACGCCAGACGUGAAUGUUGUCUCCAUCGUGGUGGAUUCCUUCACCGGAGAGGCAGCCGACUGCGAUAUGACUACUUUGGAGAUUGACGAGGUGAGCGAACCAAUCUCAAAGUCUGAGUCCUCAGUCUCUUUGGAUGCAGACACAUUUCCCGUAGACCCAUCGCUUUCUUCCUUUAAUCUUACGCCCUACUUGGACAGCCUCCACUUGUGCCGCGAGGAGGCGGAUGCGAUGUUCUCGCGGAUCCACACGCGCUCCAGCACCAACAAGCAGUUGAUGCGCAUCGAGCAGCUCAUCACCAUCGUGAUGAUCUUGAGGAAUGUGUCGUUCAGCGAGGCCAACAGCAAGUGUCUCGCGGAGACGCCCGCACUCCUGGAAUUCGUCUUUGAGUUAAUCGCCCAGCUUGCGCAUACUCCGGCCGCGUUCAUGUUUGCGCGUCGCCGCUUGUGUCUUAUGAAGGAUGCACUCAUCACGCUUGGUAACGUCGCGCACUUCUUCCAGUUGCGCAGCCACGACGAUGCGUUGCUUGUGCUCAUAUUGUGCUUGUCUUUCGGCCCGGAUCUUGACAGUGUACACGAGCUGUUGCUCGUCCCGGAGUCCAACACCACGGUGUACAAAUACCAGGCGUUCGGGAUUGAUAUUGUCGCAAAGUUGCUUGCGCGCGACCCUCCCAACCGAUCCCUCAUAGCGGCUGUACUCACCGGGAUAUACCCCGCGGAAAGUGGCGCCUACGCGCUCUCCAGGCGUUAUCUUGGUGCGGACCCGCGCGAUGGUGCAUUCAUUGCCCGCAUGCUCAAGUUCUUGUUAUCCAUGGUCCCUUUCCACAGCUUGCACCAGGAUACGCGUAUGAUUGAGGUCAAGGGCCCUGUGAUUCUCCAGGCGUUGUUUGCGGCCGUGUUGAUUGUGGAAAUGCUUCCGACCGAGUCCUUGGAGUGCAAUAUCGCGUUGGAGUGGCUACAGUCUGUGGAUUCACUCGGCUCUAACUUGUUGCGCUUGGGUUUGAUCCUCGCCGCCAUGACUGCCAAGCCUGCGGACAAUCGUCUCUUGGUGCUCAUCGCCACCAAGUCGCUCGAGCUUGCGAACUUACUUCUCGCAAAGGCGCUUGAGCAUGCAGCCAAGGCUGUGCGUGACGAGGACAUUAUUGCGUUGGCCUAUCUUCCGCGCUUGUUUCCGCCGGACGACGCCUACUUGGGUGCGCUUUUGACGGCCUCCAUCGACGAGCUGAUCUUGAAACGCAUUCAAGACCUCUUGGCCCAAGUUGAGAGCGUGAAGAAGCUUGUGGGGAAGACCAAUGGGGAGCAAUAG